AACGACUCCUGUGAGAGACGAUAAUGACCAAAACAAGGUGCAUGCAUGUGCAUUUUCGUAAAAUUCUACAACGAGUUAAGAAGACUCUUAGACUCUCAGCUUCCGACCAACAAAGCCAAGGCGUUACUGAGCCGUUGUCUUUGGGUGAUUUACCGGAAGAAUGUAUCUCCCUCAUAAUCUCUUUCACAAGUCCUCGAGACGCAUGUGUUUUCGCUUUGGUUUCAAAAACCUUUGAAUCUGCUGUCCAAUCCGAUAUAGUGUGGGAGAAGUUUAUUCCACCAGAGUAUGAAUCUUUGUUAUCUCGAUCGCAACAUUUUUCAUCGAAGAAGGAGCUCUUUUUCGCUCUUUGCGACGAAUCUGUUUUAAUCAACGUUAGCAAAAAGGACUUGUGGAUAGAAAAGGCGACUGGGAAGAGGUGUAUGAUGUUAUCAGCUUCAGCUUUGAACCUUUCCACUCAUCACACUUGGAAAUGGAUUACAAACCCUGUAUCAGCUUGGUUGGAAACAGUACCAGAGCUUCUCACAACACGUUGGUUCGAGAUUCGAUGCAGAACGAAUACUCGUUUUCUAUCACCAAGAACUCGUUACUCGGUUUACAUUGUGUUCUUGAAAGCGGAUAUAUGUUAUGGCUUUGCGUAUGUGGCCAUGGAAGCUGUAGUUAGAAUGGUGGGACAUGAAUUAAGUGAAUCUUGUAGAAGAUAUGUAUGCUUUCAUGAGGCUAUGGAGUGGCAGUUUCUUACAAGGAAGAACCUAGUGAAUCCCGAGAGGAGAGAAGAUGGGUGGAUGGAGAUAGAGAUUGGGGAAUUCUUUAAUGAAGGAGCAUUUAGGAAUAAUGAUGAAAUUGAGAUGAGUGUUUCAGAGACUACUCAGCGCAAUACGAAACGUGGCUUGAUUAUUCAAGGAAUUGAAAUCCGUCCUACGAAAAAACCCGGUAAUGAAAUGCCCUAGAAAUUAAACUCCCUUUUACCUGAUGAACCGGUAUUAUUGUCAAUUAGUUUUACAACGAAGUAAAGAGUUAAACUCCAAUUUAUGAAAGAGUGUUUUCGGUUGAGUGUGGUAUAAUAAAUAAAUUGUUUUGCG